UGCCUGGGCCGCUCGUGGGAGAGGCAGGGCUUCAGUUGAGCUGAGAGGCGUGAGCUCAGACAGCCUCGGGCCCCUCGCCAGUCCCCACCUGGCACUUGUCUGUGUCACUGUCAGGAUUUGUCUGACUCCGCGUUCCCUCGCAGGGGUGUGUUGGGGGGAGUCCUCUUUGCAACUCUCAAAAUGGUUAUCAAAGUGUUUGUUGCCACAUCAUCUGGGUCCAUAGCGAUUAGGAAGAAACAACAAGAAGUAGUGGGCUUUUUGGAAGCUAAUAAAAUCGAUUUUAAGGAGUUCGAUAUUGCUGGAGACGAAGACAAUCGGAGGUGGAUGAGAGAGAACGUUCCUGGAGAGAAGAAACCUCAAAAUGGGAUUCCUCUGCCCCCACAGAUAUUCAACGAAGAGCAGUACUGUGGGGAUUUUGACUCUUUCUUCUCUGCAAAAGAAGAGAAUAUUAUUUAUUCCUUCCUUGGCUUGGCUCCCCCUCCAGGCUCAAAGGGAACAGAGAAGGCUGAAGAAAGUGGACAACACGAGGCACAAAAAGAGGGCAGUGAAGAUGCGGGCGACCUCACCGGAUCCCCAGGGAAGAAUGAAGAAGAGGGAGAGACAGCAACAGAAGAGACGGAAGGAAUAACCGCGGAGGGAGCAGAAGGGGAAGCGGAGGAAGAGGAAGCUGAGGAAGAAGAGGACGAAGGAGACUCUUAGGCCUUUUCAUGCUUUAUUCUUCCACUUGUCCAG